UAAGUCAGCUGCACCACAGUGGCUGCCCCUGCUUUGUGUCAUUUCUUGAUUUUGGAUUUAACUUCCUAUCCCACAAAUCUUCUAAACUGUCAAACAGCUGUGUGUUAAGACCCUUAAAUUGCCAACUUCGUAAUUCCAUCUCCAUGUGACGUCCAAAAGCUUGGCUAGAUUUUCAGUCUGUGCUGUGUCUCAGGGAAAGUUUGGAAGCAAUGAGCCCUUUUUAGGAAACUUGCCAGUCAGUUAGGUAACCAUUUUUGGUGCUUUGCAAAAAAGUAAAAGAAAAAAAUGGUAAGGAUGGGUACAACAAGGAGUAUAUUUGGAGGUUAGAACUGCUUGAAUGAUCAGGUUUGACUAUUUCACACGAUCAGAUGAUGUUAAACUUUUUGACCUAUCAAAUGUAUUAAGUGAAACAACCUACUGCAUCAUUGUUGUAAUUUUGAGUUUGUUAAUUUUUUUUUAAUAGCAGGGAGUGAGCUGUAAUAUUUUUACUUAUUUUUCCCCCCAUGGAGAUGCUGAUUGUUCCCUUACGCUUUGUUUUUUAAUGAUUUAAUGAUUUAUUUAUUUAUUUGGGAGGCAGAGUUACAGUGAGAGGCCUUUCACCUGCUGGCUCAUUCCCCAGGUGGCAUGAACAGCUGGAGUUGGGCUGGUCUGGAGCCCCAAACUUCCAAGUCUCUGUGGCUGAGGGGCUGUUCUCUCAGGGUUUUGCUGUUUUUCCCUUUUAGACAAGUCUACAGGGUAGACCAGAUUCUCCUUAAGGCCGGGAUUUUGUCAUGAAAUAUGGAUAGUUGUAGAUAUAUAAAUGGGAACUCUGUUGUACUGUUUUGAGAACUUAAAAAGGAACGUAAAGGCAAGAUACUUGGAUUAUGUCUCACCAUUUAGGGCACAAAGUAAGCUGCAGCUUAUGUGAGACAAGUAGAAGGAAUUCACAGUCUUGCUUUGUGUGACCCAGAGCUAAUGCCCUUGAAAAUGCCAUUGCAGGUCUUGGUGUCGUUUGAGGAUGUGCUUGUGGACUUCACGCAGGAGGAGUGGCAGGGCUUGAACAGCGUGCAGAGGACCCUGUACAGGGAUGUGAUGCUGGAGACCUACAGCAGCCUGCUGUCCUUGGGGUUCUGCAUUACCAAACCUGAGGUUAUCUUCAAGUUGGAGCAAGGACUAGAACCAUGGACGAUAGAAGAAGCCUUAAACUGGAGCCUCCCAGUUGCCAAGAAAAUUGAUGUAAUUAAAGCCAGCAAGAAAAAUCAAGAUGGGCAUUUGAGGCAAGUUGUAACCACAGACAACAUCUCAUCAAUUAAGAACAGAGUUGAAUUAAGGAAAACCCUUAAUUUAAGGCUAAAUCGUGUUGUAAAGAAUGGAAGUUAUCAAGGAAUGAUGCCUGAGGCAUUUAAUAUAUAUCAAAAGGGACUUCUCCCUAAUGACCCUGUAGAGGUGAGUGGUGCCCAGAGUGUAAUAGCUAGGAAAUCACUCCAACGUCUGGAGCACCAAAGUCAAUGUAAUCAGAUUCAGGCAUUGCAGUGGGAUUUUGGAUGCAGUGGACAAGACAAAGCCUGCAGCAGAGAGGAAGUGUCCUUUAUAUGCAAGAGGGUUCAUGUGAAAGAGACUUCCUGUGCAAAUAAUCAACAUGUGACAACCUGUGAUAAAUCAGUUCUCAUUGCUGAUGGGACAGCUCUAAUAGGAAAACAAACUCAAUGUAAAAAGGUUAACCUCUGUAAACGUCAGAUAACACAUGAAAGAAAGAGCCCAUAUGAAUGUGAAUGUGGGAAAACAUUUAUGUUCAAGUCAUACUUCAUUCGGCAUCAAAAAUCUCAUGCAGGCAAGAAAGCAUAUGAAAGUCAGCAGAGUACUCACCCAGGGAGAAAACUUCAUGACUGUGGAAAAGCUGUCUGUUCACAAGUAGCCCUCACAAUUCAUCAGGGAUUUCACACGAGAAAAAAAUGUUACCAAUGUAGCACCUGUGGGAUGGCCUUUUAUAAGAAGUUAACCCUCCGGAGGCACAGAGUAAGUCAUAUAGGAAGGGAGCUUUAUGAAUGUAGUGAAUGUGGAAAAGGUUUUCACCAGAAGUCAGUGCUCACUUUCCAUCAGAGAAUUCAUGCAGGGGGAGUAUGUUAUAAAUUUAAUGAGUAUAGAAAAGCCUGUUACCCAAAGUUACGCCCUGGGACACGUAAGAGGACCCAUGCAGAUGAGAAAAUAUAUACAUGUGAAGAAUGUGGGAAAGGUUUCUAUCCUGAGUCAGCUCUGGUUGUACAUCAGAGAACUCACACAGAAGAAAAACCUUACGAGUGUGAAGACUGUGGGAAAAUCUUUGAUCUCCCAUCAGUCCUCGCCAUACAUCAGAGAACUCACACUGGGGAAAAGCCUUUCAAAUGUAGUGAGUGUGGAAGACUUUUUAGUAGGAAAGGUGACCUCAGUAUUCAUGAGAGGACUCACACAGGGGAAAAAGCUUAUGAGUGUAAAGCUUGUGGGAGACCUUUUUACCGGAAGUCACACCUCAUCGAACAUCACAGAAGCCACACGGGAGAAAAGCCUUACCAAUGUAACGCAUGUGGGAAAGCUUUCAUUCGAAAGUCACAUCUGAAAAGGCAUCAGACAACUCAAACAGGAAAACCUUAUGAAUGUGAUAAAUGUGGAGAAACCUUUUGUCAAAAGUCACAUUUUAAGACUCAUCAGAAAGUUCACACAUCCAAGUAUAUUCAUGAAUGUGAAGAAUGUGGGCAGCCCUAUUCCAAGAGGUCACACCUCAAGAGGCAUCAGGCUAUUCACAGAAGAAAAGCUAAGAGCAAAGCGAAUAAUGGAAACCUUCUGUUAAUGUACAAUGAGCUGCAAGAAACCGCAACAAAGUCACACGAAUGAGAUGCUCUGUGAAGAAUGUGGGUAGACUUCCCAGUUGUCACAACUGUAGCAGGCACAAGGGAACUUUGCAAAGACCCUCUUGCAUGUUGGACCCUGGCUAAAUGUUCUUCAUAUUCUUCUGUUUUGCCAUCCUUCUUUUACUGUGGCUGGUGCCAUUUAAAUGAACUGUGCUUUCACAGGUGAAUUUUGGGGACAAGUAAACAUCUAGUCCAUAGUAUUAACUUCUUUGAAACACUGUCAUUUGCUAAGUUGCUGUUUGGCGUGGCUGUGUCCAUUCCUUCCCACACACAGCUUUAAUACAAAUGAGCUAUCUGAUCACAGUUGCAUUCCACAUCGUGUGCCAGCCUUAAUGCUGCACAUCCAAUCUUUUGUGUUCUGUUCCAGAUGAGGAAUGUCUCUCGUAACCCCUGAUUGUCUCAUUCUCAUGCGGGUAAAGAGCUGCCUGCGCUGGCAAGAGUCGCUGUGGAUGAGGUGAAGAGUGCAGCGAGCAGUGUUCUGAGAGCCUGAAUAGCAGCAGUUGUGUGGCUGAUACUGUGCUUGUGUUUCUGUGUUCUUUGCUUACA